AUGUGGUUGUUGAAUUUAAGGAUUAGAAGCCCAGAUUUAAAUGAUGUUGAAAAUACCGACGGCCUUGAAAAGUUUAUCCGAGAUUUGAGAUCCAUCGUUGAAUAUCAACAGUUUCUCAUGAGAUAUGUUGAGGUAUUGAAUAAAUUAUUAUCUACUCCAAUUGCAUUGCUGAUGGUCUCCAGCGUUACAGAAUUGUGUAUCAAUAUGUACAUUUUGUCGUUAAACGGAGAAAUCAUUAACAAAAGUAGAGCUAUAAUAGUCAGUUUUUGCACACUUCUGGAUUACACGAUGGUAUAUGGCCUGCCUGCACAAUUACUGAUGAGCGAGUCAGCAGCAACUGCAGACAUGAUAUAUCAUGAGUGCAAAUGGUACCUACCGAUUCUACGACCUCUACGAAAUGAUUUUUUGAUAAUAAUUGCCAGGAGUCAGAAAGGCGUUCGCUUAAGGGCUGCAAACUAUCAUGUGAUUAACAACCAAACUAUUUUACUAAUGGUAAAAACUGCAUAUAGCUUCUAUACAUUUCUACAGAACAUAGGCCAAAGGCCACGUAAUUGAUAAUUUACACGAAGCAUAAAAAAUUAAUUUCAAAUGUAUUCACCAGUAUUACAGAUGCCUGCCAGAAAAGUUCUCUUUAGAUAAAUGGUAGAUGAGGUAGUUCACAAUAUAUCAUAGGGGGUCAUUUUUAUAUCAAAAUAUGUCAUUUUCUUUGUUCUAGAGGAUCUGAGAAAGUUACAAAAUAGGUU